AAUUGACCGCCACCCGUGAGCGAAUCGUUCGCUCGAUCUCGCUCUGUCGAUCGAGUCCGGUUGUGGAAGCCAUUUUAUUCUUGUGAAUGUGACAAAGUAUUUUUUGUGAUUUUCGUACUUAUAGGAAUCGUGUCAAUGUGUACCUCCACUGAGUGUAUUUCGUGACGUGUGAUCGUGCUUCUAAAAUUGAGAAUGUACGUGUUUAAAAUCGGGUUGUGUUGACCUGCCCUGUUUCUUACGCGGUCGCACAGCAGGCAUCGAUUAGUGCAGCAAGGCGGCCUCUAAUAACGGCGAGUCGAGGGUGUAGAACCAGUUUGUGGUGUGCGCCAUGGGCAACAAUGCUGCCACCGCCAAUAAGAAGGUGGACGCCGCCGAAAGCGUCAAGGAGUUCCUUGACCAGGCUAAAGAGGACUUCGAAGAGAAAUGGAAGAAGAAUCCUACCAACACCGCCGGAUUGAACGAUUUCGAGCGGAUAAAAACAUUAGGUACUGGCUCCUUUGGUAGAGUCAUGAUAGUCCAACAUAAACCUACGAAAGAAUAUUAUGCUAUGAAAAUAUUAGAUAAACAGAAAGUCGUAAAAUUGAAGCAAGUUGAACAUACGUUAAACGAGAAGCGAAUUUUACAAGCUAUCAACUUCCCCUUCCUCGUGAGCCUCAAGUUCCAUUUCAAGGACAACUCGAACCUGUACAUGGUGUUGGAGUAUGUGCCAGGCGGUGAGAUGUUCUCGCACCUGCGCAAGGUCGGCCGCUUCUCGGAGCCGCACUCGCGGUUCUACGCAGCGCAAAUUGUGCUAGCGUUUGAAUACCUUCACUAUUUGGACCUCAUUUAUCGGGAUUUGAAGCCUGAAAACCUUCUAAUCGAUUCGCAAGGCUACCUCAAAGUAACAGAUUUUGGUUUUGCAAAGCGUGUCAAGGGCCGUACGUGGACGCUGUGCGGCACGCCCGAAUACCUGGCACCGGAAAUCAUCCUCUCUAAAGGUUACAACAAAGCGGUCGACUGGUGGGCGCUCGGAGUCUUAGUAUACGAAAUGGCGGCUGGCUACCCGCCUUUCUUUGCAGAUCAACCCAUCCAGAUUUACGAAAAAAUCGUUUCGGGUAAGGUUCGGUUCCCCUCCCACUUCGGGUCGGACCUGAAGGACCUCCUCCGCAAUCUACUGCAGGUCGAUCUGACAAAGCGCUACGGCAACCUAAAGGCUGGCGUGAAUGACAUAAAAGGCCACAAAUGGUUUGCCAGCACCGACUGGAUCGCCGUCUUCCAGAAGAAGAUCGAGGCCCCGUUCAUCCCGCGCUGCAAGGGCCCGGGCGACACCAGCAACUUCGACGACUACGAGGAGGAGGCAUUGCGUAUCUCAUCGACUGAGAAGUGUGCGAAGGAGUUUGCCGAGUUCUGAGCGCACAGCUGGUGCCUGCGAGCGGACACUCCCGUGAGUAGGUGUUUUUAGUGAAUCUUCCGUGACAUUGUCGUGGAACGGUGACGAGUGCGACUCUUUGCCGACAGCUUUGGGUGAUUAUAGACGCUGAGGCGGCCCCUGGCUGGCACCCCAAUGUGGAUCAAAUUUGGAGUGUAGGCAAGAUGAUAGUAGAACUGAUUUCCGAUAUUUCGGUGGCGUUCAUUUGCUUAGUGCCCUUUCAAGUUGACAUAACAUACAGCAGGUAGAGGAGCAGCAGUGACCCUUGUUCUGGUGAUAUCCCGAGUGUUACCACUGACACACUGUACCGUGGUGUUCCCCAGCACUCAAUGUCUUGCUACCUGAUUGUUCAUUACGUACAUGGUAGUUUGCUGUUGAUAGCAUUGGGAUGUGGUGAGCUUUAUUAUUAUAUAAUAUUUUUUAUUGUUUUUACGAAAUCAAAAAUACAAUUUUGUAAUAUGUAAUAUUGAUCAAAUUUUUCUUGUUGCUUUUUAAGAUUCACAAUCAAACUUCUCAAUUUCGAUUUAAUCUAUUUACAUCACUUAACCAUCAACUUAGAGCAAUUGCGACAACCAUCACUAAUAAUUUUAGUAGACUACUGAAAUGGAUUUCCUAAAACUAUGUAUUACUUAUCUUGAUGGAAUGUUAUCAUUAAUUGUGUAUAGGUUUUAAUUAAUUGACAUUUCGUUAUUGGUUUUAUUAAUUUAUAAGGUUAUUAAUAUUGUUGUAUCAGUUGAUAUUUUUAACUAAGGAACUAUAACUACAUCAAAUAUUGAAGAGAUUAAUUUAUUGUAUAUGUAUUCAUUGUAGUUGUGUUCACAUGUGCAAUUUGACCUGUGUUUGUGAUCUGAUGUGAGGUUUCAUUUGAAUUUAAGUGUAAUUUGUAUUAGUUCCUUAUUUUGUAGGGUUAAGUGUAGUUACUUUAUCUGUGGAGUCAACAUACAGAAUGUGGCAUGAAUAUACAUCAUGUGAAGUCAGCCUCUCAACAAACUGUGCUAUGUGACCUGGCCUUAUUGCUAGCAUCAGUUUUACAAAAGCAAUAAAUAUUG